AACUUUCACUUUCACCUUGGUUUCGACGAAGGCAAGUCGUGGCGUCUUAAAUAACUGAAACGAAUCAAGGUUUUUACCUGAUAACUCUGCUGUAACCAAGACUCGUUUACGAUAUAUGUACGUGCACUAUUUUUCGUCACUCAGGGUGAACGAUUAAAAGGGAGUUUUUUUGUUAGUCUCCGUGUAAGAGGUACUUCCCGAACGGGAUUUUUUGGUCGUGCGUCAUCAGCUGCUUUGUACUUUGUACUCUCUCGCUCUUAUCGCAGUUGCGUCCUUGUCGCUUUACUCGCUGUAAGUGCAGGACAUACUCGCUCCUCCUCUACCCAAGUCCAUGGCUCUUACACACCAACACGAGCUCCAGGCCAUUAAUCAGAUAGCUGAGGCCCUCGACAGCAGCGAGCGCAGGAGAGUCUUCUACUUGUGCGAAAGCGAGGACACGGAUUACAGCCUGGCGUGUGUGAAGGAGAUGCUGAAAUCCAGAGUGAUGUGCCAGGAAGGAGGUGACUUGUUCCUUGCGGAGCUCUUGUCGCAGCUGAGACGAUUUGACAUCCUGAGGAGGGUGUGUAGUAUCAGCAGAGCCGAGGUGGAGAGGAUUCCGAAAGGUCAACAGGUUCUGCCUGAAUUCAGAGUAUUGAUGGCUCAUAUAAGUGAGGAUUUGGCCAAUGAAGAUCUGAACAAUGUGAAGUUCUUGAUGGGCAGCACGUUGCCUCGUGAGACCAUGGAAAAAGCAAAGAAUUUCCUGGAUGUGAUCAGUGAAGUUGAGAGGCUGGAUCUAGUUUCACCCGAAAGAGUCGACAUUGUGGAGCAGUGUUUGACAAACAUCGGCAGGGUGGACCUCGCCAAAAAAGUGACUAAGUACAAGAUGUCAGUAGUUGGAGCACCUGAAGAGCAGUCAUCUCAACGGGAAUGGUCCAGAGCUCCUUGUACACCCCUCAGUCCUCAGAGUUCCCAUUCUCUGCAGCAAACAAGAGGAGGACAGUCCCUCCAUGCUGAAAACAUACCAGCACCCGUACACGUGGAGCAGAGCACUCAGAGUCUACUGGAUCGCUACAAAUUCAACAGUAAUCCCAGAGGAGUCUGUGUUAUCAUAGACUGCGUGGGUAAUGACGGAGACAUGUUGGAACAAACAUUUAAGGCUCUUCACUUCAACGUGGUGCUCCGCAAGUACCUGAGUGUGGAUGACACUCUCUCAACCCUCAGAAACAUAUCCCGAGACAGAGAGAACCUCAAAGGCGAUGCCUUUGUCUGUUGCAUCAUCAGCCGUGGUAGGGCAGAUCAUCUCCUGGGUGUAGACACGCACAGUAAUGGCCUACAACUGAACACUGUCAGACGUCUUUUCACUGCUGAUGCGUGCCCCAUGAUGGCGGGAAAGCCCAAACUAUUCUUCAUCCAGACGUACAACGGACCCGAGUUCCAGACCUGCGCUGCGAUGCACCAUCAGGAUGAGGAUCUUGAGACAGACGGCUGUCAUGGGCUGCCCAGAUAUGAUUUUAUCCCCACAGAUGCAGACGUGUUCUGGAGCCACUCCUGGACGGACGAACGUCAACUGGAGCAAGGACAUCAUCGCUCCAUGUACCUGAAGGCUCUGACAGAUUCCUUGCUCAAAGGCCGAAAGAGGAAUAAGCUUGUUGAUAUUCACACCGAGGUGAAUGGGGCAAUCUUUGAUCACAACAAAAGGAAUCCUGCAGCAAACUACCACAUCGAUCUGAAACAUACUCUACGGAAAGAUCUUUACUUGCAAUAGAGGAUGUUGUACAAUCAUGUUCAUUCAACUCUCCAUAAGGGAUUGUUAAUGUUAAUAUAUACUGUACAUAUUUUGUAUUAUUAUGGUAGUGUUGAGGGCUUUAAUGGACAGGGGCACAAAGGAGUGCUUAACGAAACAGUGGUGCGUGGUGAGUAAAUUCCUGCUUUUUUUUUUACUGUGUAUACAGAGACACCUACUGGUUGUAUGAACUCAAAACAAAACAUUUUUGUGAACGUCACAGAACGACUUUUUUGUGCAAGUAUGUCUUACGUGUAUUUGUUUUCAAGGUUUUCUAAAGGUUUUGGCUUUUUUAUAAAAGUAAUAUAUAUAUAUAUAUAUAUAUAUAUACCCAUUGCUAAUGCACUUAUUGUAAGUCGCUUUGGAUAAAACCGUCAGCUAAAUGUAAUGUAAUAUUUGAAGCUUUUAAUGGGUGCAUUUAUUACCUUCAAUGUGAUUUUACAAUAUUAUAUAUUUUUAACCCUUUUGAAUAAAAAGAUUUCAAAUGUGUUUGACAUGGCUUUUUCUCUUUUACUUUUCUACGAUACCAUGCUAAUGUUUAUGUUUGCUGCAUGACAGUAAGGUUAAAGUGAAAUGACCUAUAUGUUGAUGUGGAUCACAUGAUGUCAGUGUCAUCAUUGGGUUCAUGAGGCAGUACUAUCCUGUUAGCCCUUUGACAUGAUCUUUUCCAAUUUGGGCUUUCAGCCUAUACAACCUUUCUCCAGCACAUUACGACAAUCACUUCUGUUUUAACAGAUACCUUCUGGGGUAUCAGCCCCAGCAAAACUACUGUCAUUGUUUAUCAUCGUCAUCUGCUUGUGUGUGUGGAUCUGUCUGUAAACAAUCAGACAUAUUAAUGGUGUUGAGAUUAAUGAGUUUGUAUAACUUGGUGCAGAUUAUAUUUUAUAUAAGUAAGUGACACGAAUAUUAUUAUAUUAGUAACAUCAUGUUACACUAUUCUGAUAGUAUACACUAUAUUGCUAUAGUUAUAUAUCAUAUCCAUAUAUUAUGUUUGUGUGUAUGUAUGCAUGUAUAUAUGGAUAUACCUCUUACAUGCUAGUCAUAACUACAUAUCUGGCUUAUAACUAUACUAUUGCUACUGUUUAAUUACUGCUAUUACUAUGAUUAUAAUGUUAUACUGUGAUGCUAUUAUUAUUAUGAUUAUUAUUAUUAUAACAUUAUCAUCAUCUCAUCAGUAUGUUAUCACCACCAUCCUUUGCACACCAGUAUCACGACUUCCUUUGCAUGCUGUUCAUUUAAUCUUUCAUUCAUUCGUAUUUUAAGACUUACCUCACCUUGUGUAUUUUCUUUUAUUUUUUGUGUAUUUUUACCAUGUAUUUCAUUGUAUUCUGAUAUACCUGGCUGCUAUUAAAUCGAAUUUCUCUCCGAGGAUCAUUCAAUAAUC